AUGGAUUGGAAUAACCUCAAGGACACGGUCGCGAGCAUGACCCUGUACGACGUCAAAGCCGGCGUCAGGAAGGUCCAAAAUGCCGUCAUGAACUACACAGAAAUGGAGGCCAAGGUCCGAGAGGCGACCAACAACGAACCCUGGGGCGCGUCCUCGUCCCUGAUGCAGGAGAUCGCCAACGGCACCUUCAACUACGCGACCCUCAACGAAAUCAUGCCCAUGAUCUACCGCCGUUUCACAGAAAAGUCCGCCGAGGAGUGGCGGCAAAUCUACAAGGCUCUCCAGCUCCUCGAGUUCCUCAUCAAGCACGGCUCCGAACGCGUAAUCGACGAUGCCCGCGGCCACAUCACAUUGCUGAAGAUGCUGCGCCAGUUCCAUUUCAUCGACCAGAACGGCAAGGACCAGGGCAUUAACGUCCGCAACCGCGCCAAGGAACUGGCUGAGCUUCUCAGCGAUGUCGAGCGCAUCCGGACGGAGCGCAAGAAAGCGCGAGCCACCAAGAACAAGUAUACCGGUGUCGAGGGCGGCAUGAGCCUCGGAGGCGGCUUCUCUGGCGGCAGCGGCAGCGGCAGCCGUUAUGGCGGGUUCGGAAGCGAGUCGGGUGGUUAUGGAGGCUACUCUGGUGGUGUCUAUGGCGACGGCGGCGGAUUCGGUGGGCAAGAGAGCAAUGACUACGGUCGAACGCAGGCACACACCGACAAGUUUGAGGAAUACGACGAGUUCGACGAUGAACGCCCGGCUGCCAGCUCCUCGGCCUCUCGGUCCAAGAGACCCGAGCGAGCGGCAGCCCCCAAGGCCGAGCCGCCCAAGAAGAAGGAGCCCGAAGUGGACCUCUUCUCUUUCGAUGACCCGGCGCCCACUUCCGUGCCCGCCCCUGCCUUCGCGCCGGCCUCUUCCAGCGGCUCCGGCUUGGGGUCUCUGUCGGCCCCGUCUGCCGCCAACGACGACGACGAGUUUGACGACUUCCAGUCCGCCGCCCCUGUUCCAGGUCCCGCUGCAGCCACCCCUCUCUCCCCUCCUGUCAUGACAGCCAACUCUGCGACGACCUUUGCCGCUCCCCAGCCCGUGUCGGCACCCCAGCAGGCCAACAUAGGCAACAUGGUCAGCAUGUCCUCCAUGUCUCCCGCUCCGAGCGCCAACUACUCGGCCUUCAGUACGCCUGCUAUUGCCUCUCCCGCGGCACAGGUGAAGCCCAGCGGCUACCAACCUUCAGGGCCCAAUUACUUUGGUUCCGUUCAGACUGCGAUUCCCCAGUCUACGGGCGGCUCCUUCGCAUCUACCCCUAGCGCGGCUGCUCCAAAGGCGGCUUCUGCUAAGCCCGCUGCUGCCGGCGGCGACGCUUUCGGCGCUCUGUGGUCGCAGGCCAGCACCGGCGUGAAGAAGACGAGCACGCCGACCACCGGCCCGGCCCUGGGCCAGCUCGCCAAGGAGAAGAGCAGCGCCGGCAUCUGGGGUGCUCCCGCUCCUGCGUCAUCGGCAUCAAAGCCCGCGGGCGGCGCAUCCUCGUCCGGCGGCAACCACGGCCUUGACGAUCUGCUUGGCUGA